AUGGUGGAAUAUUACAAAAUAAGCAAGGUAAACAAAAGAGAAUUCGAAUUCUACGAAGAGGUUCAAGGAAAGUUUAUCAACAUAUUGGAGGGCCUGGAAUUAUAUACCAGGGUUUUCUUUGAAAUUGAUGAAAGAAGCAUCCUGGAUUGCAUCUUCGAUUUAAGAGAUAGAGGUCGAGCAGGCCUUCUCAUGGAAAGAACGUACUUCGAACCGAAGAAGUGGAUGCGAGGAAAGGGAAGCAUCACCAUACAGUGCGGAUGUUGCUACAAUUUUACAAAUGACAGACAGGGGAAUCUGCCUGGGAUCCUCAAAUACGACCAGGUGGAUCCGUUACCACCAAUGAUAAAGUGGAUGAUAAAGAGAAUGGUCAAGUGGAAUAUCUUACCCGCCACUUGCAUUCCUAACAGUUGCAUCAUCAACAUUUACGAAGAAGGUGACUGCAUUCCUCCGCACAUUGACCAUCAUGACUUUGUGAGGCCUUUCUGCACGGUCUCAUUCAUGAGUAAGAGCAAUAUUUUGUUUGGAAAAGAAAUCGACGUAAUCGGCCCUGGUGAAUUCAGAGGAGCUAUGGAAAUUUCUCUCCCAGUUGGUUCAGUGCUUGUUCUCAAGGGCAACGGUGCAGACGUGGCCAAACACUGCAUACCAGGAGUACGACACCGUAGGGUGUCCGUGACCUUCCGCAGGAUGGAUGACA